CAAUGAAUCCCGCAAACGAGAGCAGAGUCGGGAGAAGUGCGGAUUCUGAGCAUCAGCUGUUUGCGGCUGGAACCUACAAACUUCUGGCUCUGACCAUCGGCACCAUCGGAGUGUUCGGCUUCUGCAACAACGUGGUGGUCGUUCUCCUCUACUGUAAAUACAAGAGGCUCCGCACUCCCACCAACCUGCUGCUGGUCAACAUCAGUGUCAGUGACCUGCUCGUUUCUCUCAUCGGAGUGAACUUCACCUUUGCCGCGUGCGUCCAGGGAGGAUGGACGUGGAGCCAGGCGACGUGCGUUUGGGACGGGUUCAGCAACAGCCUGUUCGGCAUCGUUUCCAUCAUGACUCUGGCAGCCUUGGCCUAUGAGCGCUACAUUCGGGUGGUCCAUGCACAGGUGGUGGACUUCCCCUGGGCGUGGCGGGCCAUUGCCCAUAUCUGGCUGUACUCCCUGGCCUGGACAGGGGCUCCUUUGCUGGGGUGGAACCGCUACACGCUGGAGAUCCACCGACUGGGCUGCUCACUGGACUGGGCAUCUAAAGACCCAAAUGAUGCCUCCUUCAUCCUCCUCUUCCUCCUGGCCUGCUUCUUUGUGCCUGUAGGAAUCAUGAUCUACUGCUAUGGGAACAUCCUCUACACUGUGCAAAUGCUGCGCUCCAUCCAGGACCUCCAGACAGUCCAGAUCAUCAAAAUCCUGCGCUAUGAGAAGAAGGUGGCUGUUAUGUUUUUCCUGAUGAUCUCCUGCUUCCUGGUGUGCUGGACGCCCUAUGCUGUCGUUUCCAUGAUGGAGGCUUUCGGCAGAAGGAGCAUGGUGUCACCCACAAUGGCUAUCAUCCCUUCUUUCUUUGCCAAGUCCAGCACGGCCUACAACCCGCUCAUAUAUGUGUUCAUGAGCAGAAAGUUCCGUCGCUGUCUGCUGCAGCUGCUUUGCUCACGGCUCUCCUGGCUGCAGCGCAGCCUCAAAGAGCGCCCCCUGGCUCCUGUCGAGCGCCCCAUCAGACCCAUCGUAGUGUCGAGGCCGUACGGCAGCAGGGACCGGCCCAAGAAGAGGGUGACCUUCAGCUCCUCCUCCAUUGUCUUCAUUAUUACCAGCAAUGACUUCCAUCAGCUGGAUAUGACCUCCAAGGCUGCUGAGUCCAGUGAGGUUAAUGUCAUCCAAGUGAGGCCAUUGUAAUCCACAAAGACUGGACCCUUUUCCCCAACCCCGCACCACUCUGUUUGCCUUAGGACCUUA